GGGCGUGCUCUGCCAAGUGUAGUGUAAAACUUCUAAAACAUCAAAUCUAAGGGUUGCUUCUGUACAUCUGCUGCUACUGCCAAUAACUCUGUUUAUCCAAUAUUUUUAAAGCUGUUAAUGCCAAUAUUAACCAUUGCUGUGAGAUGCAGUGAGCUAAUGUGAAAGUUUUGUAUUGAGCAUAUGUCAAAAUCUGAUAGAGCACACAGACACUUGCGCACACACAGGUAAUCACUAACAGAAGUCUGUUUGUGUGGUUGUGCCUGACAGACACACACAUUAUGAAAAAGUCAGUUUGAACCAUUUGACAAUACAUAGUCCGCUUAGCUUACUUCAAACUUUUGUGGGCAUAGAGGAUGCGCUUAGCAUGCUGCAUUCAGGGAUGCCCAGAAACAGGAGAUGAAGGAACAAAAACGAAACUGGACACGUUUUUUCUGGAAAGGACUUUGAGGAGGGGUUGUGUUUUUUUUUUUAAAACGAUAAGACGCCGGAAUGAAACCCUAAACAAGCCGAGAUGAAAAAGGAGUAACAAGGCUUUUUGAAAAAUGUAAGGAGUAGAAAGUACAGAUAACUGUGUGAAAAUGUAAGGAGAAGAAGUAAAAAGUCAGCUGAAAAAUGUGUACUUCGUUACUUGACACCUCUGGUGUUGUGCAGCCUGUGUCACUUAGUCUCUUUUGCUCUCUCCCCUCCCCUGACUCCUGAACGUCACUCGCUUACUCAUCCGGGCAUGCACUGCGGUCUCACGAGGAAACGCAGCUUUUUGAUAAGAUGUUUUUCUUGUUCCAGAAUACAAAUAUUUUUAAAAGUAUUUGUUCGUAAAAACAUGUUAUUUGUGCCUUUUCAAAUACUGUAUUCGGGUUCGGCUCCACCCCUAGUUUCUACUUUGCCUGAAACUGAAGUUCAAACAGCUCUAACAGGGAUUUCCACAAUUGUUUUUACACUUCUCAAAAUUGUAGCUCAGCACUUGCGUGAGGGAAACCACACUGACCUGGGUUUUUUUCUCUCUCUUUCCUAUACGCCUCUCAGUCAAGUCAGGGAAGGGAAACAGGUUAUCAGCAUGCUCUGAAUGACUGUACAGAAAUGGAGAGGAGUGUGAGAUCACGCUGAAUUGUGCUAAGACACGGACAGGCAGAUGCAAGGAUAGGUGAGUCCCCUGUAAAAGUGAUCAGAAAUGCUUUUUUUAUUUAAAAGUGGAGUAAAUUUUUUUCUAUUGUAAUGACUGGAAGAGUAUCUGGGAGGAAGUGAAGCUACAGAUGAAGUUGAAAUGAUGAUGAAGAGUCUGAUAAAGGGUCUGAUCAUGAUGGUUGAUGAGAAAGUCUUGUGAUUUACAAAGAAGACAAAAAUGACAAUCAAAUAAAGUUAACAAUAUAAUCUGAUAUCAAAUCUAUUGAUCAAAGCUUUUACGCUGACAUGCUCAAAAGUAGGUUUAUUGUGUUAGUCUUUAACUGGUCUUUAGUGUUAGUUCAAUCACAUUUUUGGAGUUGGACCUAGAUGAUGUGGUUGGGGGUCAGUUGUCUCUCAGUUGAAUCUGCCUCUGCUGAUAAAUUCAAUAGAUAUACAACAUUAAGGAAAAAACAACAACCAGGUUGACAUCAAGUGGCAAACUCUGACCUUCAAUAAAUUAAUAUACCAUAUAUAGUCUAUACAAUAAACCUAUACGUCUUUAUCCAGUCAAAACAUCUUAACAAAAGGGGUCACCAGAUUCAACACAGUGUGAAAACUCCCCCAAAAGUCUUUAAAGAGCUGUGGAAAAUUCUGAGACCAAUUCUUACCAAGAGGUUCAUGCUGAUAAUGAUUAACGAAACCUCACAUAGGAAAAACACAGCUGGAGGUUGCGGCUUAUAAGAAUUCAUAAUACAAUAUGUCAGCUUUCUGUGUGCACACUUUGAAUAGCAGCAAAGUUCAAACACCCAAAGUUAGGGUUUUAAGGAAGGAAAUGAAGGUGUGUGAGGAACAAAAUGCUAGUAUGUAAAAGGUGAGAGAAUUAAAAGUAAAAAGAGAAUUUAAAGGUUGAUCAGAUGUCAGAGUCUAAAACCACACUUUCUCUAUAAAUACAAAUGUCUGUGUGCUAAAAUAGUAAGUUGGUGUGGUACAAACAUUCAUGUGUCUCUGUGGGAAUGAGAACUAACUUCCUAAGAUCACAGAUUUUUUUUUUUUAAGUGCAGGACUAAAAAAAGGGGCAACUGAGCUGAGUUACUUUACUAACACUGAAUUUUUGUGGCAAAGUUUGUUGCAACAUAUCCAGCAAAUGUUGACCGGCCCAUUCUCUGAAUCAGCUGAUGAGUCUCUCUUCCUAUUCAUUAUGCUGCUUACGCAUACGCAUGUCUGAAUCUUAAAACCAAACCAUCUAUGGAAUUUAUUGCUGUUUGCAUACGUGUGGUUUAUUUUUAGUUGAAAUUCAUUGCGGUGUGGCUGGUAUUUAUGCCCCUAUCUCACCAUCUUUUACUCUGACUUGAUAUUUGCGAAGGCAGCAUCUUCUGAGGUGAGUUAAAAUUCACCUUUUUUUUACUGCUGUAACAUGAGAACUUCCCAGUUUGGGGUCAAUAAAGUAUAUCUAUCUAUCAAAAAGAAAAUGCAUGCCAGGACAAUAACUGGCUCCAUGAUGAUAUAGUAUAUAUUCAUAUGCAAACAACUUUAAUGAAGAAAAACAUGAAUAAAAAAGACAAAGCAGGGGGGUCCAAUUCUUUUUGAACGGGGCCAACUACUCCCAAAAAAACACAAAAUAAAUUAAAUAUAAGAAGAAGUAUGUACAAAGCAGACUAAAAAUACAAAAAAAUACUAACUAUAUACAAUAAAUACAGACUAAAUAUACUAAACAUCCUAAGAGAAAAAAGUGAGAUAUGAACAAUGUGGGCUAUUGAAAUGCGUAAUAAAUAUGAAAAUGCGAAAUAUACAGAUGGGAUGAUAAAUAAACAGACAAUUUAAGGUGCUCAAUAAUGUGACGUGGUAGGAGUUUUUAAAAAUGGACUAUACAGCAGACAGGUGUGAGUCCCUGUCUGACAGAUGUGAGUUAUUAAACAGUGCAAUUGCUUGUGGCAGGAAAGAUUUCCUGUAUCUGUCCCUUCGACAUUGGAGCUGCUACAGUCUGUUGGAAAACUUUUCCUGUGAGGAGCUUUCAGUUUUUGUCAGAGACAGAGCAUCACAUCUUAUAACUUAACCAAUCAUUUCUCGCACAAUGAGUGAGUAUGUUAGUUUUUUCUGAUGACAAAUCUCGUUCUGCAUCAUUUUGCAUGUCACUUAAGUAUUUUUCUAUUGAAUUCUUAAUCUAUGGCACUUCUAGUCUGAGUCUAAGUUUGACGCUGACCUUGUAGCUGCAGUAACAGGAAUAAAAACACAAGUAUCUUCAUCCUAAUGUUUUUUAACUGACAUCUAUGUAAAUUUCAGCCUGUGUCAGAGCCAGCUAAAAACACCUUACAGGGUUGCAAACUCCCAAACAAAGAAUUAAAUGGCUUUUAGCCACUUAUAAUAACAAAUGCAGUUACCAUAAUUACCGUAAUAACUCACUCCAAGUGACAAGACAUACCAGGUUAAAGUUGCUUGGUCUGAAACUGUACUUCAACAGAAAAAAAGGAAUUGCUUUGUCACACUGCCCCAGUAUCAACCAUAAGUGGGGAUAAAUUACUAAUAAAUGUUUGUACAUAAUAUCAAACUGGCCAUCCUUUGGGUUGGUGUAACUACAUCAUGCUCAAAGUGAGAAAAGAGUUUACGCAUCUUGUCAGUGGUGAAUGACUUCUCUUAUUAGAAACAACAACGACUUUCUGGGAAGAAGAGGAAGUGGUCCCAUCUGACAGUUCUGUUUCUAUACUCUGUUGAUGACUUCAGUGCAUGAAGCAGAAAAAGGAAAGAGAGAGUGUCAGCUUUUUUCACAUUUGUAGACAGUUUGGGGGAACUCCAAAUGUCAGACGUUGCUAGAUAUAAAUGAAAACUAUAUGUGUGACAGAGGUUAGACAGAGAGAAACUGUUGGGUAGAUAGUAUCUGAAAACAUUAGACUCAAUCUCUGGAUAUGAUUCAAAGUGACAUUUUUCCCACUAUCUGGCUCAGGGUUCUUCAAUCUCCAACACUGAAAGCUCUUGAUCAGUGCUGACCUUCACAUGGGAAAGUUUGUUGAUUGAUGUUCCUAUUAUCAUGGCCUGAGACAAGAGUUUGGAAAGGGCUGAUAUCAUGAGUUGGAUGAGUAUGUAGACUGAGUACAGUUAUCAAAGUAGGAGAUAACUCGUGGUCACAUUCAGGACUUUAACUAUUUCAAUGCAUGCAACUUGAUUGCUUGUUGAGAAGUCAAACACUGGCUAUUCUGAGAAAGAGGUGUUUUUGUGUGUGUGUGUGUGUGUGUGUGUGUGUGUGGGGGGGGGGGGUAAACCAUAGGAUAGGUAUGGGUAGACAGUCCCACUCAAGCUCAUACCAUUUUAGCAAAUUUUGAGUUACCAACACACAGAAAGGUCCCUGUCCUGUGGGGAUUCAACCCCCCCGGAGCCUUCUUUAUGAGGUGACAGUGCUCACUACUGCAGGACCCCUGCAGCCCUAAAUUCAAAAUCAAGCUGCAAGAAUACACAACUGUAAAAAUGUAGUGUUUGCGUGUAUGUGUGCGUGUACCAUGCAUACAGUAACAUUAACAUUAACUUGAGAAGGGCAGAGUUCACAGUGUAGACAGCAUGAAGGAAAAAGCUCCUUUUCAGUCUUGAACAGUCCACUGCUGGAGUGGUUUAUCCACCCCUCUCUGUAUGUAGAUGUCUUUGUGGGUUGGGGGGUGUUAUGUUAUGUCUGUGGUGGCUCUGCUGACUUUAGCACCCUCUGUAGGGCUUUUCGUUCACACCCUGUGCUGUUCAAGUACCACAGAGUGAAGAGUGUUACUUCGUUCUUCACCACAAUGGGGUAAAACGCUUAGAUCCAUGACAGAUCUCCAGAGAUGUGGAGCCCCAGGCACUGAAGACUGUGCUCUCUCUUUACUGGAGUCCCAUCUGUCCUCAUGGGAUUUCAUGUAGAGUUUGGUGGUAUCCAAAUUUUGACAACUUAAAACUUCCCCCACAUUGUUGCAUCCUCACAGAGGUCAGCAAGCGAUCGGCAUGUGAUUGGCAUGUGGAAGUACCUUCCUGAAAGGGAUUUCACAGAUGUACAACCAAUCAGAUAAACACAGAGGGAGAUUUAGUGUAUAUCAACAGAGAAUGUAAACACAAAGAGGCAUGCAGAGGUCGUAAACAUGUCUUUGUGUAUUCACAAAUGUCCUGACUCACAGACAAUUAAGACUCAGGACACUGACUUAGCCAAAAAUGGUCGACAACACAGUGCAUCUGUGCCCAAGUCUGGACACACAAUAUCUGACAAACAGACAACUUAAGGGAGCUUUCAAGAGAAAAAACCUUGGUUGACAUGUCAACACAUCUUAUUAUCAUUGCAGCUGUGUGUAAGGUAUUUUAAGAUGAAGAAGAAAAAAUGUCACUCUUCUCUUAGAAAGGCUUGAAACCGAUAGACUGACUUUCAGCGUCUCAGUGUAAUCUUACAGUUUUAGACAUGAGGGAUGUACAGAUAGACAAACAUCUCUGCUAAAUUCCUGUAACACUUUCUACCAAUGAAUGCUGUAAGUACUGUCUGCUUCAGGGAAACCUCAUACUAUCAGAGAGAUCAGAACCGAAAACUCAACCACGUAAACAGAGGAGCUGGACAAGCAGGCUUCAUUUGAGCAUUUAUUACAUACUCUGUUUUUUUCAUACUGUGUUUUCUAGGUUAUGAAACUGUGAACUACUUCUAAAUACCACAGGAUACCAUAUUAACCUAUUACCACCCAAGCCCACUGUAAUUCCUGUGAUAAAGUCUGCUGUUACUUUACUACUGUCUACUUAUGAUUGGUCCACAUCACCACCCCGUGACUGAAGCUUCUUAUGAGGCUAGAAAAUAUUGCGACAGUAGAUGAUUGUCUGUUAUGCUUUUAUUUUGGAGUUUUCAUUUAGCUUGCUCUAUUGCCUGCAUUGUUAAACUAUGCCUUUAUUUUGAAGUAAAAAUUACCACCACUUAUGGUAGAAUGUAAUUUAUAGAGCUGAUUUGUUUGUUAGAGUUGGUUUGUUUGUCGAAACACAGUCACUGAUUGGCCCGGUGAUUUUCUGAUCACCUAAUACACGCUCCCAAUGGGCCGAAGUCCAGACUGUUGUGGGAAGGAACGGCAAGUGAUUCACGCAACAGGAUGGCCCAGCCAGGCUAGAAAGUUAUAGGUGUGAAUUUAAGUCAAUUUGAGUCAAAUGUCAAAAAAGUCAUUAAACAGCAGAAGGCUGCUACAGCUACCUCUCCAGCAGAGCUGCAUCAUUGCUUUGCUCCAUGGCUUGUGGCAACUCAGCGUAUUACGUUGUGGCUAUUUUCAGCACAGUGUUAAUAUUUCGUACACAUAAAAAGUGGCGUUUAUCAUCAAUACUGGUAUAUUGUUGCAGCUAAAGUUCUCUUCAUUGGCAGCUGUGUAAUCUGCAUAUUCUGAAGAGGCUCAGAUCAGCUUCCUUUCUAUGACCUUUUUUUCUCAAAAAGUGAGAAGUUGUCUAUUUUCAACAGAAACAACAAUUACAAAAGGGACUUGUCAAAUAGGUCACCUUUCUGACUACUUCCACUUCAGUUUACAUCCUGUAAGACAUCUAGUUUGGGACUUUACAAUGACAAAAACACAACCCGGUGUCUCAAAGAGAAGUAACUGCAGCUCACUGCACUAUUUAGUUUCUCAGAAAUGACAACUCUGACCUUUUAUUAAAUCACACCUGCAGGUGACCCAACCAGCAAAAACAUGUGCAUUCCCCUUCGCUCAGAAAUGUCAAAAAGAAGUUGUCUGCAGAGUGCAUAAAUGAAGUUCAUAAAACUGCGAUUUGAUUAGCAGGUCAUAGAAUUGAUUCUGUGCAGAGUGAAAGUUAUUUCUAACUGGGUCUGUGGGUGUUUUUAGGGUCAGUGUGCAGAGGGUUAUAGUCAGCCACAAACCAUACCUGUGGCACGUACACUUACAUUCUCACGUACGCUAACACGCAUACAUCCUGUUUUGGAAACACUUUAAAUGUCAUUGUGGUUCAGAUAAAAAAAGGCCAGUAAUAAAACAUGGAUUGGUUGCCAUUAGAGUUAAAUGUUUGAAAAAGCGAAGAAGCUAUUUGGUAUACUGCACAGUGUCGACUGCCUACAGAGUGGAACGUAUAUGAGAGGGAACAGUGAAGCUGUAAAGUGGAUUAAGCAUGAAGCAGUAUCUAUGAAGCUGAAGCAGUCUGUGCCCACCUGUUUGAGCCAAUAUGUUGGACUGUGUUUCCUCUUAAGCCCAGUUUAAGCUUUAAAGCACAAAAACAGGUGCGCAAAGAGUCAAGCUGUCCGUACAUGUUCUCCUUUUCAGUAAAGGGAAGAGGAAACCACUUAAGUGUUAAAAACACCCCCGACCCCCCCAAAAAAAAAAAAAAAAAAAAAAAACCACACCUUGAAAGUGGAUGCAUAAAAGUGAACAAACUGAUCUUGGCUAGAGAAAAAAUUUCCAAGUAGUUGACCUUCAAACUGUGUAAGUUUGAUCUCUAAUCUCUGCGCCAGUUCGUCACUUCCUUUACAAUGAUGAAAUAACGUGUCUGAUGUUCUUCCUCAGUACCUCAGUUUGGAUGAAUUCAACGCUUUGAAGAACAUCCUGAGCUGCUGGACCAACAGGUAAGACAACAAGGCUUAUACUCCCCUUUAUUUCUGAGAUCUAUUUACAUCUACUUUAUAACAGCUGGCAUAUCACAUACGGUCACAAACACUCAGUUGUUUACAGUUAUUUAUUAUGUUAGACCUAAAUUAAGGAUGACCCUUUUGUGUCUUUUGAGAGAGAAAAAAUGAAAAAAAAAAUUUUUCUAGAUAUUUUCAAAACAUUUGACCAGGAUAUGAACACCUUUCAUUGAAAAAGUCCAGAAUAACCCUUCACCUGCCGAAGGACAGAGUGCCUCAAUAAAUGACCCUCAAUGUUAUUUAGCCUUCCAAUUUAGACUGAAAAUGUUUUUCAACAAUGUAUCAACAUUUAAAUUAAACGUUUUACCGCAGUGUCAACAGGCAGUGGUUUGAUAUGAUGUGCAUGGCCAUAUUACCCUUGUUGAGGGAUUUUGACCAAUCAGAAUCAAGUAUUUAACACCGCUGGUAUUGGUGAACAAAGCUAGGUAGUAAUAAAAGCUGUAACUUCUUGUCCUUUUUACUAAUCACCCAGCUGUGAAGAAUACUUGAUUCUGAUUGGUGGAAACCCCUUGACUCUGCACUGCAAGGGCUACGCCAACUGUUUGUUUCCUUUAUUUUUCAUUAACAUGCACACAAACAUGCAACACAAAAAACCAUUAAACUUUGUUACAGGUGUACAAAGAACCGCAGCAGACAAACCUGGGCAGGAUUUGAAACUUUCUAUUUCUGUUUUCUCAAGAAGCUUUUGGUGUCACUGCUUGUUUUCACUGAAUCUAUGGUCAGGAGUGUGAAAUGAAGAAGAGAGGACCAUGCUGCUAGAUAUCUGACUCAACCGGAUGUAAAGAGGAUGGAAACAAUGAGUUCAAUCCUGGACUGAAACAACUACAAACCCUGACCCUUCCAGUGAUCCGGUGAAGUCUGAGCACAAUAAUGGAGAGGAACAAGAGAUCUGCUGUGCUGUUUCUUUAUCUUGCAGUGCUCUACUUCCUCACCCUCAGAAAGGUGCAAGGAUGUCCCAGGCAGCCUGAUAAAAGUAAGCAAUCGAUGUCUAGAUCUGUUUAAACUAAACCACAACAUUAUAGCUCCUAAAUGUAUGCUUUCAUUCAGCUGUCUCAUCUCUGUUAUUUCUCACAGCUCUUCCCUGCUACAGUGACUACAAUAAGACUAUCACGUGUGAGUGGAAAAGCACAUAUGAGGAAGACAAUGACUGCACUCUUCAAGCCGACGGGGGUGGAAGGUAAGGACUACAGACACAACAUCAAAUCUAUACGGAUCUGUGUUUACAGUAUGUUCAGGUAUAUAUCUACCAUGAGCCAUAAAACAUGCUUUAAAAUGUAGAAACCAGAAUAGUCCGGGUCUAUGUAUUUGCACUCAGUGCUGGAUAACUGCAUCACAAUCUUGAUUUUAUUUUAUCUUAUUUUGGUUUUUAAGUAAAUUUAGAUACAAUUCCUCCUGCGACCUGAAGCCUGUCGAUGCUUCUAGACCAGCCCUCAAGAAGUGCUCCAUGAGCUUCAAAAGGGAUGAAACUGUGAGUGACAACUUCAAAUUGGGACUAAUUUAUACCUUUACCAUUCCCCCAUAGUUUGAUAUUGUUUUAUUUACCAUGAAUGUUAAAUCUUAAAGUGGUCUUUCCUUUAUAUCUUCUCAGUUCCAGACCUUCCAUAAUUUGUCUGUGAAAGUAAUUUGCAACCCCGUGAAGAAAACGGUGUCCCGAAUUUUCUUCAAGCCAUCAUGUCACAGUAAGCAUAGCCAAUAACUUAGCCUGUUAAUCCUUUGCAGUUUCCAGCGUGAGCCUCUUAUGAUGACCUGUGUGUGUGUUUGUGUGUGUGUGUGUGUGUGUGUGUGUGUGUGUGUGUGUGUGUGUGUGUGUGUGUGUGUGUGUGUGUGCGUGUGUGUGCGCACACGUGAUGCAGUAAAGCUGGACCGUCCUCCACAACCAAAAAUCAACUUUACGACUGUGUCCUUGGUCCCUCCUGAUACCAAGAAAAGACAUAAAAUCAGAUCUUACAACUUUCAACUCCAGUGGAAACAUGCAGAUGAGUCAUGGGUUUGUAAACAUUUUCUCUCUGUUUGUGCAUGAAUGUAUGAUUCGGACUUAGGCUGCUCCACUUGUCUUUCUUCAGUUUGACUGAUGAUGCUGUUUUGUUACAUCACAAUAAUACCAUGUUAUUUUAUGGCCACAGUAGAUGUGACAGGUCUAAGUUGACCAGAUUGGAAAUAGUGAAAAAAAAAAUAUUACCAUUGCCUCAAAACUUUUCAAAAUUUCCUGACAUUCUGGGUCGGGCCAACCAGGUUUUUCACCCCAGCUUUUCCUAGACUUUUGCUGCCAGCCCACCUAUAAAUUUCAAACAAGAAGCAUGAUGUACAUGUCUGAAGCAUAAUAGACUGUAUAAUACAUGGAUGCAGUCACCUGUUUUUAAGGUUCUGGUGCUUCUGUCGCCAGCUCUUCAUGAAAGUGUAGUUUGUAGCACUUCCACUUUAGCUUCAUUUCUUAAGACCAAGGGUUGCUGCUUAGUGUUGACACAUAACUUUGAGAAUUUCUCCUGAAAUUUGCAAGAAAAGUGUUAAUCAGUGUAACUUUUGGUGCUUACAUUGUUUUGUGUGGCUACAGGGAAUCCAUUACAGUGUAUAAUUAAAAUACAAAUAUGAGCAUUUCUUAAAAUAUAUAUUUUUUCCUUUUUCAGGACACGACUGGGUGGAAAAAACGUGUCACUGAACGCCAGUGUGACUGGAACUGCAUGGUCAAGCUGUUGCCUAAUUUGCUGAUACAGGGGGAAAGGUACGAGGCACGGGCUCGAGUAAAGGCCGUUGCAGAAAGCACUGACUCGGUCUGGAGUGAGUGGAGCCCCACAACAUCAUGGACGUCACUCAAUGGAAGAACAAAACCAUGUCAGUUUGAAGGUUAAAAAUGCUUUACCUUAUCUUUAAAACUAAUGUUUGAAGUUUUGAGCAACUCUGAAUGUCCUAAGUACAGUAGGUUGAGUGUUAUUUAUAUAUAAUGAACCAUGCACUGUCCUAUUCUAGAUGAUCCUAUUUUUAUCCCCGCCAUUAUCACAUGUUUGGUGGUGCUGGUUCUACUCCUUGCCGUCAUAAGUUUGAAACGUAACAAAACCAUCUGGUGAGCACAAAUCUGUGUCCCAAAAAUCUCAAAUCAAGAGCUGAAUAAUUAAUUUCAUUCUUUGUUGAAACUUUAUGUGGUUUUGUCUUUUAGGAUUUUUUUGGUCACUAAAAUCAAAGGCCAGCCCAUACCAAACCCAGCAGAGUCCUUCCUCAAAAGUGUUAAUUUCCAAGUAAGUUCUUAUGACAGUUCUUUCCCCAGUGAUCCUUAUAAUGAACAAUUAAUUUGCAAAACAUUUCAUUAACCCCUAUAGAGGUUUUCAAACUUUUUCUGUCCAAAGUGUACAGAAGAAAGCGCCAAAUUCUAAAAAAAAAGCAAACAUGAUUCACUUUAACUUUGAAUUGAAAUUUCUUAUGACAUGUAAAAUAGGAACGAGGUGAAGUUGUGAGAGGUAUAGUAUGUUUUUUAACCUAGUAUGCAGAUUUUUUCUCUUUCUAACCUUGAAACUAUUCUCCACCAGAACUAUCUGAGCCCUCAGCUCACAACCAUCUUCAAACAACUGGACAUCGCCUCCAUAGAAAUCACCUCCCCUCUUGAUGUCAUCGCCCCUUUCAAGCCAGAGGGGGCACUGCUAGAGAAGAUGAGGAGCGAGGGAAGUUUUGAGACCACCAGUUCCAGCUACUCCAACCCCAGUUAUGCCCACCUCUGUCCUGCUCCACCUCUUCCUGUCUCUUCACUUACUGCAGGGAAUCUGGAUCCCUGUGGAGCUGAUACACCUUAUGGACCUGUUUGUAGACAAAGUGAUGAUGAUAAAGAUGCAGGACAGGAGAGGGGGAAGGUGAGAGGGAAAGAUUUGGAGAUCCUGGAGCAGUUCUCCAAAAGCUGUAAGAAAGGGGAGCCUGUGACAGUGAUUUCUGACUACGAGAGGGUUGAGAAGCUCCAGGUGGAGCGCUCCAGGCUCCAGAGCCUAGAUUCAGGUGUGUGCAGCUGUGAGGAGGUCAGUCAGGAGAGCCUGGAGGCAGACAGUAUUAAUGUUAGUGAAUGCCAUGACGAAGAAAGAGAGGAAGAGGAGGAGGUGGCAGGAAAAGGAAAAGAUGGAGUUUUUCAGAGGCUGUUUGGAGGCAGUGUAGAUAUCUUUGGAAAAGACUCCAUUCAGGUUUGUUCUGAUUAUGAGAGAGUCCAAAAGCUGGAGCCUGAUGACCUUGAGAUCCAGCACCAAAAUUCAGGGGUUAAAAGCCAGACUGAGAAGCAGCUGAACUUGGACGAUGUCAGCAAGUCCACCGAAUCAACAAACCUUUUGUUUUCUCUUCCCCCCUGCUCCCGAUUGUGCUCUUUUUCACCCUCCAUCGACAUGUCUUCGAAUUUCACUGGACCAGCUGGAAGUCCAGGGUUGUGCUCUAAUAUACUUGUUCUAAUGUCAGGCAGCAUGUCUGUGAGGCCCUCUUCUGAUGGAUACAUGCCAGUGAGACAGGAAGAGAGGUGAACAAAGUCCUGCUCAGGAGGACAGUGAGGGUCGUUGAAUUGGUCGUUUGAAUACAAACAUGUUUUACAUAAAUG